UAAGUUGUUUCUCUCGCUCAGCCUUUUUUUUUAUUUGUAAUAAGUGCUUCCGUGCACAUGAUGGAUAAAUAAGGAGAAAGGGAAUCCCCCGGUCUCAAACCUCUCAAGGGUAUUAUGUGGUCUUUCAGUUCACCAUUCAACAAUAAUCUAUACUGUACCCAUGAGAUACAUUCCAUUAUCAAAUGAACCCAUUGGGGGAUCAAAACCCAUCUUCUUGAGUAUGUAGAGUCUUAAUAAAGUCACAUUCCACCAUUUUUUUUAUUGCCAUGAACUUGUUCUGGCAAGCUUUGUUUGUCCUUAAUCCAUGAAACAUCUCUUGAACUAUAAGGAUAAUGGUCGAGAUCAAUUUUCCGGCUACAAAAGCCGAUUGAGUUUCCUAGAUAAGUGUGGGAAGGCAGCCCUUUAAUCUUUGACUAACACCUUAGAAAUGAUCUUAUAUCCAACGUUACAGAGACCUAUCGGUCUAAGUUAUGUCAUCCUCGUUGGUCUCUCUGUUUUGGGCAUCAGACAAAUAUUUGUAAUGUUCAGCCCGAAAUCCAUCUUUCCAGAUAUUAGAAAAUUAUUAACCAGUUCCAAAAUGUAUUUUUUAUAGUAGGCCAAGAGUUAUAUUUUUUCUAUAUUUUUAUAACUUAUUUUACUAUUUUUUCUGUUACAUAAUAGUAAAAUCUGUCUAAAAUGACCAAAGGUAUCAAAAAUCCUAUUGGGACAAAUAAAAAGUUGAAAGUGUCUCUUUUUUCCAAUUCUUCCUAAAAGAUUUUUGGUGUUUACUAAAUCUAUAUAUGUAAGGUAGACUUUUCUCUUUUCUUAUGGCAUGUGGAAAGGAGAAGGGGUUUGUUGACAUGUGUCCUCUUUUUGUCUUUUUUUACAUUUUAGAUCCUUUUUCUUUUAGAUUAUUGCAUUUGGUUCACUAUUUUCUAAUUAUGGACUAUCAAACCUUUCUCACACUAACCAUCAUCAUUUGAAGUUUGUUAAUCUAUUUUAUUGUUCAAAAAAUUACAAAGCGAAUAAAGAAUAAGUAAAAAAAUAAAAAUGUAUUUUAAGUAUUUAAUUUAUUCAUAGAUAAAAAUAACAUAAACUUUCGCUAUUUUAUUAUUUUUUUACUAUUUUCUGUUAUUUCAUUUACAACUAUAUAUUUAUCUUAAUAUUAACCAAACUAAAGUAUAACAUAUAAUCUAAACAUAAAACCUCAAUAAUCACAGAGAAAAAAAAUGUCAAAGUAACACUAACUCAAUAAAGGUCCAGAGCUCAAAGGCGAUCAAGAACGAACUAAUUCACCCCACUUUAUUAUAGAGUGUAUUGGCAAGAACAAUCAAAAGUCUGAAAAAUGUUGAAAGAUAAUUUUGAGAUAAAGCAAUCUAUCGAACACAAAGAAGCGUGAUCAAGGACCAAUGCAAAGAACCAAGAAAGCGGGUUAGAGGAAGAAUAAUCAACAACAUGCCAAAAUCACAAGAAGCAGGAAGAGACAUACAUAACGAACGAUAAGCACAACCACCAGCUAAGAGGUAAGAAACACCUCACAAACUAAACAAACACAAACAAGAUGUCUAUGCUGGUGAAAGAACCACAAAGCUCUAGAUAGAAUGGACCAAAGCUCCAAGAGACUAAUACCGCACACUUAUACUAAGGGAAGCAAGGGAAGAAGAGAACAACCUGAGUGAGGGAGAACGGAAGCCAACCCCAGAGAAACCAGAGCCCAGACUUGAGACCAAAAAUAAUCUUCCAAAUCUACGGAGCAUACUCGGAGGAGAACAUUAUCCAAACCUAGAGUGGCAAACAUGGCGAAAGGGAGAGUCACAGAGACCCAAGUAGCGAUGAAAGCUGCAACGAGACGAGAGAACAUAGAUGGAAGAGUUGACAAAAAGAAAUCAUCAAAUCGUGGAGCCGUCCUCGAGCUAUAGAAGUGAGAUCACCAAAAGCCAUAUCUUGAAAACCAAGACGAGAAGGACUAUCGAUAGUAAGCCAGCGACGAGGAAAACAACUUCAAAGACGACUAAACUCUGACCCAACCCAAGGAGAUGCAGUUCCUAACAUGAGCUGAAAUCUAAGGAAGAAGAAGAGAAAAAGGUGAGGAAGAACAAGAGCACAUAUGUGAGUCUUUUUCGGUGAUGGUGAGAAUCACAGCACACCGGAAAGGUAAACGAAAUGCAUAGAUGGUGACGGCUCAAUGUAAAAAUAUAGAGAGAGAGCACAAACAUCUUUAAAAAGUAAUGUUCAAAUAAUUGGAAAAAAUAUUAAUUUUUACCCUGAAACUAUUAGCCUUAGAAUCAACAAAUGCCUAAAUGUAAAAUUAUUGGAAUUCAAUAUGCAUUACAUCACAAACUCACUUCACCACUAAUAAGUAUUAUUAUACCCACAACAACUAACUAUUAAAAAAACAAACACAUAAUAUGUUGGCAUAUCAAUUAUUACUACAUAACAUAAUAAAAAUAUCAAAUAAUGGUAUUAACAAAUAAAAACGAUCACAUAAUUAGUUAACUAUAUCGUCCGAAAAAUAAUAUUUAACCCUAGUAAUAAAAUAUCGAAAAAUAUAUCUUUCCAGUAACGCCUCACCAUAAAAAGCUGGCUUAAGUUUCUAACUUUUAGUUUAUUCAACAGCACAAGCUCAAAUAAAGAUCUUCUGCAUCAUCAACACUGAAUGUCAAGAAACACAAAAAAUAAUAAAAUGAAUAAAUAAGAAAGCAUAAAUCUUUCUCUACGAUGGGAAAACUCAUCAGUGUCACCGCAUCUCCUCCUCACUGUGUCCGAUCAAAGCUCCUCUGUUUCUCACUUGUCUACUUACUCACCACACUUUCCCUGAUUCUCUACGUCUCUCUCUCAAGAAACCAAUGCAUCUUUCGAUACUCACCGUUCGAUCCGAUCCAAACAAAAAGGUUCUCGUUUCCUUCUUCUUACGGUGAACACAAAUACGCUUUUCCUACUCAUAGAUCUUCUUGCUCUUCCCCUGUUUUCUUCUCAGAUUACUGGACAGUAUUGAAUGAGAUACAUAGUAUCUGCAGAGUGUCAUCAUCAUCUGAAACUUUGAGAUACAUUCACGGCAAAAGCGAAACUUUCGGUGGAAACUUCAGUACCCAGAAGAGAUUUUCUUACUUUAAUCAUUCGAACAACGACGUCGAAGUUCCAUGUGGUUUCUUCAGAGAUUUCCCGAUCAGCAACUCCGAUAGAGCUGAGAUGGAUAAAUGUGAACUAGUAGUUGCAUCAGCCAUUUUCAACGAUCAUGAUAAAAUCAUACAACCAGUGGGACUUGGAGUUAAGACACUAGAAACCGUUUGUUUCUACAUGUUCAUCGACAACAAAACCCUAAACUCUCUCUCCCACCACAAUGUCAUCUCUAAAAACAAUCCGAAAGACUACAGAAUAGGCGCGUGGAGAAUCAUCAAAAUCUCAGAGUCAGAUAAUCUAUACCCUAAUCCGGCUAUGAACGGGGUUAUACCAAAGUAUCUAAUACACAGAUUGUUUCCAAACUCAAAGUUCAGUAUAUGGGUCGACGCAAAGAUCCAGCUCAUGAUUGAUCCGCUACUUCUGAUUCAUUCCAUGUUGGUGAUUCCUGAGGUCGAUAUUGCGAUAUCUAAGCACCCCUUCUUUGUAAAUACAAUAGAGGAGGCUAUGGCUACUGCACGGUGGAAGAAAUGGGGAGAUGUUGAUGGGCUAAGGAUGCAAAUGGAGACUUAUUCUGAGCAUGGUUUAAAGCCUUGGAGUUCUCAUAAAUUGCCAUAUCCUACAGGUAAUAAAAUUUUCCCUAACGAACAAGGUUUGUUGUUUUUAGUGAUUACUUAAUGAUGUAUUAGUUGUCUUUGCCCGGUAUAAUUAGGAACAUUAGGGGGGAAAUCUGUAAUAGAAUAAUCUAUCUCAAAGUGUUAACAGUCAGCUUCGUACAUAUGCCCAUAAUUUAAUUGGAUAGGGGAUCUAAUACUGCAAGCUUAUGUUGAUGAAUUUCUUUUUCAAAUAAUAUUGGUAGGAUUUUGUAAGCAAAAAAAAUGUUGGUAAGAUUUUAGACUUCAACUGAUAAUAUUGGUAUGAUUUUGAGGCUAUUUAAAUUAAAAUCCACUGAAUAUUUUAUCUAUCAAGUGUAGUUUUCAAAUAAACUAUAUUAUUUAAAAUCAAAUAAUCUUUUUAAUCAAGUAAUCUUUCAAAUCAAUUAUUUUGUUUAUGCAUAAUGUAUAGUUAGAGUAAUCUUCACUCUUAAGUGUGUUAAUCAUCUUAAGGUAAUCAUCUUUAGGAUAACAGAUACAUUUCCUUGCCUAGAAUGUUGGUGUUUACUCUUAUUACUUUGCAAUAAAGACUAAAGACGUCAGUCAUGUCUUAUACAUGAAGGUUGGCUCUAGUUGGUUAGGUUAUGUUCGUUUUACUUGUUGAUUUUCAAAAAAGGAGUCACGGGUAAUCAUGGAAAACCACAUUUUCAAUUAUUCAAUUCGUGGAGAGAUAACUAGCUCCUUUAAAAACAAAAUUAUGUAGUUGAUUAUAUAUAGAGAAACUAAGGAAUAUACGAAGAAGAGAAUUGAUUACAAACAACAACAACAACAAAUUGUUUGUUCGACAUAUAUUCAUUUAGAAUAAGAUAAAUCACAGUUGCAAUCAAAGAAUCACGGCGUGGUCCCAUAUAACAGAUCAAUGAGAAUAACAGAUAGCUAGCUGGAAUAGAAAUGAUAUAAGAGAACAUUAUUUAAAGGGCUUUUUGGAAAAGUGACUCAAAACUUGGAGUCAAACAGAAAACUAACCUUUUCUUUUGACUCUUUUUUUUUGAGAUUUUAACCCCACACCUGCAUUUUAUCUACGAAAAUGCCAUUA